UUCGCGAAAUCAAAUAGAAACAGUACUGAAAAUUGAAACGAAAAAUGUCCAGAUCAUCGUCAGCGUCCAUGACGAUGCCGUUUCCGGCUAUCAAACCGGAGGAGUACAAACACAGCCCUGUCCACUACUCCGUUGUCUUGGGUGAUCAUGCGACUUUGACUCGACUGAUUUCCACUCUACCAAAGCUAGCCGAUCCUGCUCAGAUCCACUCCGAGUGCGACUCACUGAGUCAAGAGCGCGUAGCAGAUCAAAUCUCCGCUGUUCUUGAUCGCCGUGACGUACCCUUCCGUGAAACUCCUCUCCACCUCGCGGUCCGCCUCAACGACGCCACAGCUGCUAGAACACUCGCAGCUGCUGGCGCUGACGUGUCGCUUCAGAACGCUGCAGGCUGGAAUCCACUCCAGGAAGCUCUCUGUCGCCGAAGCUCCGACAUUGCGCUGGUUCUCCUAAAACUCCACCACCGCUCCGCCUGGUGCAAGUGGCGCCGCCGUUUACCUCGCCUAAUUGCCGUCCUGCACCGAAUGCGUGACUUCUAUAUGGAAAUCUCCUUCCACUUCGAAAGCUCUGUAAUUCCAUUUGUCGGAAAAAUUGCACCUUCCGAUACCUACAAGAUCUGGAAACGCGACGGUAACCUCCGAGCCGAUACUUCAUUAGCAGGCUUCGACGGCUUAAAAAUCCAACGCACCGACCAAAGCUUUCUCUUUUUCGGUGAUGGCGAUCACCUCCAUAACAUCCCUUGCGGCUCAUUGCUAGUCCUUAACCGCGACGUUCGCAAAAUUUCAGACGCAUUCGAAAAUGCCAGAGCUCCGAUGAGUGAAUCCGAUAUCGCAGGGUUUUGUUCCCAAACGAGCGUGUACCGACCUGGAAUGGACGUAACCAGAGCGGAACUCGUAGGAAGAACUAACUGGAGACGCCAAGAAAAAACAGAGAGCGUCGGUGAAUGGAAAGCUAAAGUUUACGAAAUACAUAACGUGAUCUUCAGCUUUAGAUCACGAAAGGUUGCGAGUUCCGAAAACGACGUCGCGGGAAGUGAACAAGUGUUACCUUUAGAGCUUGACGAAGACGAUGAUGGUUUUUUGGUUUGUGAAAAUCCGAAAUUUGCUAUGCCUGAUAGGAGAAGGCACAGUAGCUUUGUAAGAGAGGAGAGAGAGUGGAUUUCAGUUGGGAGGAAGAGUGUGGAUGUUUUCCCUUCUUCAGCUGCGGCGGCUGUGCCUCCUAGAAGAUCGACGACUUUUGCGACGACUACAACGGUGGUGCCACCUCCGCAAACUAAGGAGAAAGAGUACGUGAGAAGUUUACGGCCGUCUGUUUGGUUAACUGAACAGUUCCCAUUAAAGAUAGAAGAGUUGUUGCCGUUACUUGACAUUUUGGCUAAUAAAGUGAAAGCUGUUCGAAGGUUGCGAGAAUUGUUGACUACCAAAUUCCCGCCGGGGACAUUUCCGGUCAAGGUUGCAAUUCCAGUCGUCCCAACAGUGAGGGUGAUCAUUACCUUCACAAAAUUUGUUGAACUCCAAUCAACAGAGCAAUUCUACACUCCACUGUCAAGUCCUAGACAUUUUUCUUAUGGAGGAAGAGGCCAAACAGAGGAGGACCAAGAAUCUGAUAAGCAUAAUUCAUCAUUACCAUCAUCGUCUUCCUCGUGGUCGUCGACGGCAUGGUUGAGGCGAAGCAAUAGUCAAUCAGUGUCUGCGAGCAAGCAGCAGCAGCAGCAGCAUUGUAGUUCUUCUUCAAUGGCACAACAAGCAGAUCCUUUUGCUAUUCCUAGUGGAUAUACUUGGACCAGUGUUGAUGACAAGUCCAGGAAAAUGAAGAAAUCCAAGUCCACCAGGAAAUCAAAGUGAAAUGUGUUCAAAAACAGAUUGGUUUACUGACUUGCGCCAUGUUAGAAUUUGAUUGGGUUGCAACUUGCAAUUUACAGUGUAUAUAUAAAAUCCUGCUGGAAAUCAUUGGUGCUGUUGGCUGUUGAGAACUUUGGCAACACUUUGGACGGAAAAGGCUAAAGUGGUUGAUUAAAUAUUUUGUUGCACACAAUUUUGUUUUAUUGUAGUAAUUCUUAUUAUGAUUUUCUUGAAUCUUUAAAGUUUAAACAAAAUGAUAAAAAAAAAGUUUUCAAAUUUAGAUUUCAUGAUUUAAAAGAUUUGAUCCAGAAUGACGUCUACUAUAUGCAAUGACCUGCCUAUUCAUGAAAUUAGAAACAGGCCAAUGGCAACUUUACAGAACUUACAUGAUAAAUGUAGGUUAAUUCUCUCUCUUAACUAAAUCCCAACCACUUAAAAGGACUCAACAUCACACUUCACCAUCCCACUAUUUGGAAGCAAUCAUCACUACAUUAUUAGUGCCAGUGACUGUUGGCAGCAUGUUGCUAAAGAGAUGAUGAGAAUUUUGAGGUGAAAUCGUGAGUGAAUUAAACAAGGUCGCUUGUCUCUACUAAUUAAUCCACUAUUCCUUGAACUUCUUUCUGGUAUUCCCACCCUAUUUAUUUCACCUAGGAAAAGAGUCAUUGGCAAUAAUUCAUUUAUUCCGGCCAAGUAUUGAAAAACAUUCGUUUGGGUUCAUUGUUUUGCUAAACUGUAGGACAUAUUGAUAAAGUUAAAAGGAUUAAUGAAUUCUCCUUGUAUUUCUUGGAUAGAAAGCACAUUCAAU